GAGGUCUCCGCGGGCGUUCGCCUGCUCUCGGCCUUCGGCACCGAUGCGCUGCUCGUCCCCGAGGCCGCCCUGCCUGCGGCGGCGGCGGCCCUCGUGCGCGGCGGCCACGCGGUGUGGCCCGUCACGCGCGUGUGCAACCCCCUGCCGUGGACGGCCGCCCGCGCGCCCCCGGGCGACCCGAGCCUCUGCGCGCGCAUGGCCGGGAUCUGGAGCCUGGUCCAGCGCGAGGAGCCGCCCGGCACCAUCACGGAGGACUACGUCGAGGGGGACGCGCCGCUGCGGCUGCAGUCCCCCGGCGGCCUGUUCGUCGAGCUCCGGGCGCCGUCGCAGCCGGAGAACGGCGGCGGCGCCGCCGAGCAGCCCGAGGCCAGCUUCAGCGGCCGCUGCCGCGUCGUCCAGGAGGACGGCCACGUGAUCUGCACGCAGCUGCGGUCUGUAGACUUCCAGCCGCCGUGCGUGGAGGUGCCCCGGUGGCAGGUCACGUUCGCCACCAUGUCAAUGGAGGCGCAGAGCCACCCUGGCAAGGAGUGUCGCGAGCUGUGGGCGCGCGUGGGCAGCUCUGAGGAGCAGGGGCGCGUCGCCGCGCUCGAGCUCGAGUCCGAGUCCCCCGAGCCGAAGCUGCCCAGGGCCGGCGUGUGGCUCUUCAUCGGGCGGCGGUGGGCGAGGC